CAUCGUUCUGUGUAAGAGCUUCUUCUAACUUCUGCCUUUGGAGUUAAAACUUUUGCGAACAGAACACUCAAAGGUGCAGACUUUACUGAUGCUAACUCCUCUCUUCGUCUCGGUGCGACCAUUGCCAUCACUUACCACCAUCUCCUCCUUAAACCCAAACCAGAACCCUCCACACACCUCCAAAGCUCCAAACUUUAAUCAAUUCAAUGAAAACCCAAAACUCCCCGACAAUGCGAUUAAGGUCCCGACAGCUCCAUGGAUGAAAGGUCCCAUCUUUCUCCCACCCGACGAGCUUAUCAACACUUCACAUCACCACAAGAGCACCAGGAAACAGAACGCCGAGGAGAAGACGUUCAAGGCGUUAAACCGUCGAGAGAGCGGCGUGAGAGGAAGCAAAGCCAUGAAGAAGAUCGUCCGCAGCGUUGAGAAGCUCGACGAUUCUGAAGGCGAGUUUAAGUCCUUAGAGGAAGCUGAGACGAGGAGGAGGAGGAGAAUGCCUUGGGAGAGGGAGGAAGAGAAGUUCAUAUUGAGGAGGAGGAAGAAAGAGAGAGUCUUGACGACGGCUGAUCUUAUCUUAGACGAAGGGUUGUUGAAAAGACUGAGACUUGAAGCUUCGAAGAUGAGAGAAUGGGUGAAUGUGAGAAAAGCAGGAGUUACGGAAACAGUUGUGAACGAUAUUAGAUUAAUCUGGGAGGAGAACGAGCUUGCUAUGGUGAGGUUUGAUGUCCCUCUUUGUCGGAACAUGGAGCGAGCUCAAGAGAUCUUAGAGUUGAAGACUGGAGGGUUGGUUGUGUUGAGCAAGAAGGAGUUUCUCGUUGUUUACCGAGGACCAUUGAGUGAUUCAUCAGUAUGUGUGAAGGAGGGGGGAGAUGAUAUUAGCUCAUCGUUGUACGAGAGAGAAGGUGAGAGGCUACUGAAUGGUUUGGGGCCUAGAUAUGUGGAUUGGUGGAUGAGAAGACCGUUUCCUGUUGACGCUGACUUGCUUCCUGAAGUGGUUGAUGGAUAUAGAACUCCUUCUAGACGUUGCCCACCUAACACUAGAGCAAAGCUUAGCGACAAGGAGCUUACUUACUUGAGAAACAUUGCUCAGGCUUUACCGUUUCAUUUCGUCCUUGGGAGGAACCAUGGGCUUCAAGGUUUAGCUUCUGCUAUCUUGAAACUAUGGGAGAAGUGUGUUAUUGCAAAGAUUGCAAUCAAGUGGGGAGCUCUCAACACAAACAAUGAGGAAAUGGCAGAUGAGUUGAAGAAUCUCACUGGAGGAGUUUUGAUACUACGAAACAAAUACUUGAUAAUACUAUUCAGAGGCAAGGACUUUCUAUCUGAUGAAGUUGCGGAUUUGGUUGAUGACAGAGAGAGGUUACUCAGAAGAUACCAACAUUUUGAAGAGACCAGACGUGAGAGUGAUAUAGAGAUCUCUGAGGUGGUAGCAGAUGGUGAACAGUUGGAGGAAACAAGCAAGACCGGAACCUUAUUAGAGUUUCAAGAACUUCAGAGAAAGUUCGGUGAUAUGGAGGUGAGAAACUUGGAGACUGAAGCUGAGAAAGCAAAACUAGAAAAGGAACUUAAAAGCCAAGAACACAAGCUUUGCAUUCUGAAAUCAAAGAUAGAGAAGACAACAAUAGAGUUACUCAAAUUGAAUUCUUUACGGAAACCAUCUGAGCGCGACGAUGACAUUGAGAUACUGACUAAUGAAGAAAGAGAAUGCUUGAGAAGAAUCGGACUGAAGAUGAACAGCAGCUUGGUUCUUGGAAGAAGAGGAGUCUUUGAUGGCGUAAUGGAAGGUCUUCAUCAGCACUGGAAGCACAGAGAAGUUGCGAAAGUGAUCACGAUGCAGAAGCUUUUCUCGAGAGUUGUUUACACAGCGAAAUCACUUGAAGCAGAAAGCAAUGGAGUACUAAUCUCUAUCGAAAAACUUAAAGAAGGACAUGCAAUACUCAUGUAUCGUGGCAGGAACUACAAACGUCCUUCGUCGAAACUGAUGGCACAGAAUCUUUUGACUAAAAGAAAAGCGUUGCAAAGAUCUGUCUUGAUGCAGAGACUUGGCUCACUGAAGUUCUUUGCUUACCAGAGAGAAAGAGCCAUUGAAGAUUUGAAGUUGAGUUUGGUAAAACUUCAAGGCUCUGCUUCUGAGCUAUGUUGAUGCAAAGUGCUUUACAAGUAGUAGAAGCUGUAAGAAAAUUACCAAGGCAGAUAUGUUCACUUCAAGCUGGAUCACGGAGUAUUUUUUUUUUACAUUUACUGUGGUAUUUCGAUGAAUUAUAUUUAUCAACUAAUUGAUUGUGUAAUUAUCAUGUAAUAUCACAUUUUCUGAAUAUAAUACAUGUAGUUAUUCAGGUGUAA